AUGUCAUUUGCAAUCCACCCAGUUACCAAAGAAGAUGAAGAAGAAUGGACAAGAUUAUUCAAAUUAUACCUUGUCUUCUAUAAAGCUACAGUAUCAGAUGAGAUCAUUAAAUCAACUUUCCAAAGAGCUUUAGACCCUGAAAUCAAAUUAUGGGCAGCUUUGGCUUUUUCAAAUGAAACUCAAAAACCAAUUGGGUUAGUUAAUUAUUUUAGUCACAUUCAAACUUGGGAUAUCAAAGAUAAGAUUCUAUUGAACGAUUUAUAUGUUGACGAGGAUGCAAGAGUCAAAGGGGUUGGCAGAGGAUUGAUUGAAUAUGUCUACAAUCAUGCUGAUGAGUUAGGAACACCAGAGGUCUACUGGAACACUGAUAAAACUAAUCAUAGAGCACAGUUAUUAUAUACCAAAGUUGGUGUUGAAAAGGGUAAGAACUCUUACAAAAGACCAUUAUAG